GUUUUCUGCCAUUAGACUUCCGCCUGGCUCUUAUUCAGCUUCAUGUAUCUGCUGUUAAAUCAGAUAACCUUCAACGAGCCUGUGGACUGGUGAGAGAAGCAUCAGCUAAAGGAGCAAAAGUUGUGGCUUUACCUGAAUGCUUUAAUUCUCCAUAUGGAACCCAAUACUUCAAGGAGUAUGCAGAGAAGAUCCCUGGGGAAUCGACACAAAAGCUCUCAGAAGUUGCAAAGGAGUGCAGCAUAUAUCUCGUUGGAGGAUCCAUUCCAGAAGAGGAUGGUGGAAAGCUGUAUAAUACAUGUACUGUCUUUGGGCCUGAUGGUGCUAUGUUGGCAAAGCAUAGGAAGGUGAACAACAGCUUAUUUCUUUCAAGGAAAAACAAAAAAGAGAAUGCAAGGUCACUUGGAACAAACGCGGUGGUGCAAAAUACCUCUGGGGUGCAGGUUCAUUUGUUUGACAUUAAUAUUCCGGGGAAGAUACAGUUCAAAGAGUCUGAAACGCUGAGUCCAGGGAAUAGUUUCUCCAUGUUUGAUACUCCAUACUGUAAAGUGGGCCUGGGCAUCUGCUAUGAUAUCAGAUUUGCUGAGAUGGCUCAAAUCUACGGACAGAAAGGUUGCCAGCUGCUGAUAUAUCCAGGGGCUUUUAACCUGACAACAGGACCAGCUCAUUGGGAACUGCUACAAAGGGGACGAGCUGUUGAUAAUCAAGUCUACGUAGCUACUGUAUCUCCUGCUAGAGACGAAAAAGCAUCCUAUGUUGCCUGGGGACACAGCACUGUAGUAAAUCCAUGGGGUGAAGUCAUAGCCAAAGCUGGGGCUGAGGAAACAGUUAUAUACACAGAUAUAGAUCUGAAGAAACUCGCAGAAGUACGUCAACAAAUUCCUAUUUUAAGCCAGAAGCGUUGUGAUCUCUAUGGCAGAGAGAUGAAAAAGUGAAGCUGGGUGAACUGGGAAGGUUCAGUUGGCACAAUGGCUGCCGCUUUCAUCUUCGGAAGGAUUCCCUUACUAGUUGCUCCAGAAGCUACUGCUAGAUGUGCCAGUUAAUUUAAAAAACAACUUGGUGGUGUAAUUCUAAAAUUGAUUCAAGUACCGCUUUUAUAUCUCCUCUCAUACUUCAGUAUUUUAUAGUAUUUUACAGCUAGGAUUAAGAUGGAGCUGGAAUCAGUUCAACACAGUAGUAGUUAACAUUGCUUUUUAUGCAUCACAGUGUUUUAGUUACCUUUUUGGGGCUUUUUUUGUAGAACAUAAAAAUGGGAACUUUGUUCUCUCUGGAAAUUUGCUGAAGUCAGCUUUGGUAUUAUGAAUUUUUCAGUGAAUUACGAGAUAAUCCAGAAGCAUGAUUCUUCCACUUCUGUCCUUCUUAGUUGUGUGUGCCUCAACAAAGCUCAUUGAAUGCUCAACUUCUAACUUGGAAAGCUCAAAAUUUAACACGCUAAGCAAAACAGGCCAAAUUCUGCUCUGUACUACUUAGGGACAAUGCAAGAAGCUGCCAGACAGAACUACUACUGCAGUAGAAUCUGUAACAGGUUUUGGUUCGUGUGUCUUGCCUGAAAUAUAUGUAUUAACUUCUCCUUACUGCAAUUCCUGUUUAUUGCUGAAGUGAUGCAGGUUACUGUUUUGUUAAAGCAAUUCACAUGUCGCCACCCCUUUGCGCUAUCCACUGCUUCCUUAAUACAGUGUCUGAACGGGCUUCAGUUCUGCUGCCUGGCAGUCCUCCCCUGAAAAGACUGAGAGGAGGCAGUCAAAAGGGUUAGAAAACUUGUUGCACCGAUUAAGUCUUUCUGCCCACAGUCUCCCAGAAGACAGGUACUAGAAUUGCUCAGUGUUUAAAUGCAUUACUGCUACCAAAGGCCAACUCCCAUCGGCUGCAAGGGAAACAGUCCUUCAGCAAGAGCAAUAAGUAAGACACUAACAAGCCGAUUAUUAAAGAUGGCUUUAAAAUACUUAAAACCAGCCUAACAUUGUGUAGUCAUCUUGGGUUUUUUUUUUCUGAGAAGGAAGACACUUUUGUAUUUCUAAUGUAAAAAGCUAAGAAUUUGCAAAUGGCAUUUUUUUUUUCCUUCUUGGGAUGAAAAUCAGAAGCAACUGUAACUAUCCAGCCUUUACCACUAGGCUUUUAGUUUUCCAGAAGCAAAAAUGAUAAAGCAAUAAGGCUAAAGGAGAUUUCAAAAUACAAAAAUGGGAGGAGAGGUUUUUGUCUUGGUCUAGCUAGCCACCAGUUUCCCCCAAAACCACUUUACCUUUUUAUUCGUGUUUA